CCCCUUGGCUUGUGAUGAGCUGGAUCGAGGAGCGAAACAGAGAAAUUGAGUCUAGUGACAGUGAAAGAGAGGGGAAGAGCAUGAGGAGUCCUAAGCAAGCUACUUGAUUUACAAACUGAUGCUGUAGCCUACAGCUUCGAGAGUUAAAGGACUUCAAGGACAGAAGAGAAGCUGUUCAAGCAAAGACAGUAUCUGCAAAAAGGAGUUGGCAGCUGUCUGUUGUUUCUCGCUUGCUCGCUGGAUCACUGCCCUAAAAGCUCCCUCGGAACAUCAUGCAGAGACCUGGGGGUCCAGGGACUGCUUUCUCCAUUGAUUCUCUCAUAGGGACGCCGCAGCCCAGGUCAGGCCACCUGCUUUACACAGGCUACCCCAUGUUUAUGCCUUACCGGCCUGUGGUUAUCCCCCAAGCUCUCUCGCACUCGCCUCUCCAGUCUGGCAUCCCACCACUGGCGCCCCUGGCUUCGUUCGCUGGAAGGCUCACCAAUACAUUCUGUGCCAGCCUUGGACAAGGGGUGCCCUCAAUGGUGGCACUAACAACGGCCCUUCCUAAUUUCAGUGAUCCCCCUGAUAGCUUUUACCCUCCACAGGAACUACCUGCACCGCGUACCAAUCCUGACCCCAGCUCAAGGAGGCAGGAAACUCCGGAAUCAGAUGAUCUUGGAGCUUCAAGGGACAAGCUCUCUGAGCAAUUGCACUUCUCUGAAAGUUUUCAGUCCCUCACAGGUGACAACAAAUUGUACAGCUCUGACGAAGAGAAGCUGGAAGUAAAAUCAGCAGAAAACCCCAACAGCGACAGGGAAGAGGACAGCUCGGGGGACAGCGAAAGCGAAAGUUUCAUGGACGGUCACCAUGACAGUUCUCUGCAGGCCCAGAAGAACAAACUAAAAGGUGGAGUUGGGGGAGCCCAGGAGCCACUCGGGCCCCCUGGAAGUGCCACAGGCAAAAGCCGCCGCAGAAGGACGGCCUUCACCAGUGAACAGCUUUUGGAGCUGGAGAAAGAGUUCCACUGCAAAAAGUACCUGUCACUCACUGAGAGAUCUCAGAUUGCGCAUGCCCUCAAACUCAGUGAAGUCCAAGUCAAAAUCUGGUUUCAGAACCGGCGAGCCAAAUGGAAACGCAUCAAGGCCGGCAACGUGAAUAAUCGCUCUGGUGAACCUGUCCGGAAUCCAAAGAUAGUUGUCCCCAUCCCCGUCCAUGUCAACCGGUUUGCUGUAAGGAGUCAACACCAACAGAUGGACCAAGGAAGCAGACCCUGAGAGUCACCUUCAAUUCUUGAACAUUCCCAGAGAAUGGUCAACAUAGGUAAUUACUCUUGUUAAAGAAGAGAAAACUGUAAGCACUUGAAAAACACUUUUAAAGCGUGAGACUUUGGCACACGUUGGAGGGUGCCCCCUACCCACCAUUUUACACAUUUCCAGAAGAGUUCAAAGGUCCUUGAUCUUCUACUACUGUGACAGCAGAUGACACGAACAGAAAUAUUUUGAAACAUAAGGACAUGUUUUACGUUCUGUGAAACCUGAAAGCCAAAAAGAAAACAGAUUUAAGGCUAAAAAUCUUUGCUUGACAAUAUUUCCAAAAUGAAAUGGCCAGCAAACUUUCUAUAAUUUGCUCUGUGAUAACGAUGGAGAAUAAAACACCACCACCAGACACCGUUACUCCCAGGAAUGAAAUUUUAAGGAAAAAAAUACAUAGAAUGGGGAAAGACGUUUAAAAUGUGAGUAAAAUUAGGUAGUGGGAGAAAGUUUUUUACUGCCUGAACUGCUGAUACAGUUAUAACGCACUGGCAAAACAGUCGCACCUUCGAAGGCAAGUUAACUAGAAUCUAUCUGCUGCAUGUGGAAACUGAAACAUACAUCACAUGUACAUACAAUAAGGAAAACAAGAAAGAAAGUGGGUAACCUGACGUAAUUGUAUACUUUGUAAAAAUAAUUUAUGUUCAAUGUAUUAUAUUAUGUAUAUAACAGGUUCUAUAUGUGAGUGUGUGUAUAUUAGACUAAAUGCACUAUGAAAAGAUACUGUAUAUAAUGGGUUUCUCGUUCUGUUUACUUUUUGGAAGGGAAAGAAACAGUGUUAUAUUUGUAAACUGCCAACCAUGCUAGGGGUUAUGGUGCUGCCCUUGCUAUAGCCACAUUAUAUGCACCUUCACCUAGUUAUUUGGAGGAUGUUCAACACCUUAAUAAAGGAUAUAAUCCUAAAUAGCUAGCUAUGCUGUACUCUGCCACGAAAAAAAAAAAAAACAGGGGACCCCAUGGACGAACUGCACCUCUGCCAUUUUAAUGCAUUCUACUGCUUUCUGUCAGCGUUGUCAUGAGCUAUAAUUCUAUAUAUAUAAUACUAUGGUGAGAUACAGGAAUACAGGAACAGCAGAUAUUAAUUCACUAAGAUACCAUUUGAGACUGAGACAGGAGGAGCAUCACGGAAAGAGUUGCAAAAGGAGACAGAUGCAACAUGCAGAGUAAAGACACAAUGCAACAUUUAAUUGUUCAACUUAUAUUCUAAGCAAUUUGGUAAGAAUAUUUGCAGAAAUUACUUUUAAAUUUAUGCACAUUUUUUACUCUCACCAACCCACUUUAUCACGUAAAACCUGGUUUCUUAAACAACGCCACUGUGCAACCAGGUAUGUUAACGCAUGUGUAAGUAACCAUACAUAAACAACCCCCUGGUGGUGCGGUAGUAAGGCUGGGGACAUAGCUAGGUCUACUCCUUGCAUAAAUCCAUUAACAUAACACCCCCAAUGCAUAAGUCUUAUAUAGCUUCCGACAACAAACUUUUCUUCUCAUUUGUAUGUAAUGUGAUUCCAUAAACAUAUUCAAAUUACUGCUAUAAGGAUCACAUCAGAGAUACGCUUGCAAUUUACAGCUGUUGGUUUCAAAUUUUACUGGUAAUGUCAUCAGCUUGUAACAAUACAUUUUCAUGAUAAUCAACAAUAUUCAUGUCUUUCUUGCAAUAAAAGUCAACGGACAAGCAUCAGAACUGCCUGUUUCUAAUAAUAAUAAUAAUAAUAAUAAUAAUAAUAAUAAUAUGUAUUACUACCCAACCCGUUGCAGCCAAUUUUACAUAAACGUAUCACAAAAAAAAACCGGAUCGGUUUGUACCUAGAUAUUUUUUUAAAUUAUGCUUCUGCAAUAAAGUUUGUCAAGUAUAGUAAGGCAUGACUAAGAGAUUGCUGAGAGCCAGUAAGGUUUUAGUAUAAGAUUCAAUGUGAAUGCAAACUAUUAUUUCACUAGUGAGGGAACUAUGAGUCCAUGGAAUGUGUGGGAGGGCCGGAAAACAAAGAUCUAGAACAAUACCCUACAGUCCAUGCUGCUGUCUUCCAAAAUAAGCAAACAAAAGGAUUAGUAUAUAAAGUAAGUUGGAAGACUAUAAAUGUGUCAUCUGCAAACAAACGAAACUGUGUUAGUGUUAAUUUAUUGCAAAAUGUCUGACUCUUGAGCAGGUUAACAUCUUACACUUCAAAAUAUUAACAUUCAAACAAACUGUGAGCAAGUGUAGUGUUUCAGAAUGAUCAGUCCUGGGUUUCUCUUCUUUUGUAUUUGGAGGAAAAUGUUUCUGCCUUGUAGGAAGUAGUCUAGUACAAAUAUUAAAAUUGGGCCUGAUUUCAGAUACAGCCCAUGGCACCAGAAUGUACCACUGGGAAUUCUGACAUUUGUACAUAUAUGAAUGAAAGUUCAGAUACACAUGUAAGCAUACUGUUACAGAAAACUAUAUCCAUGUGUACUAAUGAAUGCGCACAUGCCCUGGGCCAUAUAGAAAAGUAUUGGAACAUGCUUUUCUGGAGAAAUCCACUCUGGGAUCUUUAUAACUUCAUCCAACAGUUGCAUUUUACAGCAGCAAUGACUCUGAUGAGUAUUUUGACCUAUCCCAUAGUUUUCAACGAUUGUGUUUUUUUCCCACCUUCCUCUUCCAUGCUUUCCUAUCUGACACUGUCAAAGAUAUUACCUAUGUAAAAAGUAACAUUUACUGAAUAUUACUCUGAGAAAACAGAAAAUGAAUCCACAAUGCAGCCACAAACUUCCUAAAUGCACCAAAAAAUUAAAAUAAAAUAACGUUUGGUUUCUGUUUUCAGUCAGUAAUUAAGACAUACAUUUUGAAGUUAGCAUUUGUUUUUAUACUGACUUAUGGUGUUCUUUUUAUGCUUCAUACUGAGGAAAUACAAUUUUUAUAUUUGAUUAAGGACACAAUAUUCAACCCUUUUUGCAUCCUCUUACUUCAAACAAUUAGUACUACAGAAAGGGUAUUUUCCUUCAAAAAUGAAUGUAUUUUUAAUGUAUGGUUUACUUCUCAUUGCUUCUUAACUGCUUUCUGCCUGACAGUAUUAAUACUUGUGUAACAAGCUGUACUUUGGUGGCUUGUAUGUUUGUUUUUAUUUUUCCUCUCUUUAUCUGCAGUGUGGCAUUCACUGUGACAUUACAGCUGAUCAAUCUGUCAAUGAAUGAGCCAGUAAUUCAGACCAGCUGUGAUGUCAUUGUAACAGUAGUGGCACCAUUUAGGACAUAUAGAGAGGAAGAAAACUAACUCUUUUAUCUGUAAGGAAAAGCUUGUCUGUAUUUCCUGCACUAUAUCUUCAGAAGAAUGUCUUUUUUUAAAUCAAUCAAUGAGAUUAUGUUUUUCUGAAUAAGUAACAGAAAAUUGGGUGCAUUUUAGAUACAGAAUGGAACACAUACUGCACCGGGAAGCUUUUAUUUAAGGUAAUGCAGCAGGUUUUAAAAAAUCAGAUUAUUUUGCAAAACACAAACAUAGCUCUUACCAUUUAGGGAAAUGCUACCUUACUUUUUAGGGAAAUACAUUCUCAAAAGUGAAUGAUAACAUGUAUGAGCAUCAGCCAGUUUUAAAACAUACUCAUUGCCAAUGGUAUGAUUACAUUUUUUUUCUUAUUUUUGUUUGCCUAUCUGGGGCUUUCAGACUGAACUCCAGUAUCCACAUUAAGGACUUGAGUUAAAUCCCAAGACAUAUAUUGCACUACUGAGUGUAGGUGACACCACUUGAUGUGCUGCCUCAUGGUCAUAUGGUUUUCUUUUUUAUAGUCAGUAAAUAAAUAUUUCAAAUUUAAAACAUGGCUAAUAAUGUGUAAGUCUUAAUUUUCACUCUAAUGUCUCAAUGCUGCUCUCAUGUUUGUUAUUAAUUUAAUUGUGGCUGGGAACAGGGUUUUAGGAUGGGACAAAUGGUAACACUUUAUUUUAUUUUCACAUUUUCCUCCAAUCUGGCGUGUAAAUUUAUGUCUAUGUUUCAGUGAAGGUUUCUGUGAAACGUAUAUCUGUGUUAUGUACCUGUAGCUGCUGUGCUAAUAUGUAUGUGAGUGUGGGGGAGACAUGAGUGUGUAUGUAUUCAGUGAGUGGGAGAGAGGAAUUGCAGAGCUCUCUAUGGUCAUUAAAACAAAUUGUUACAUGAGUAUUUCCAACUCUGUUCUUCCAGUCUCCUCGGUCUCUUAAUGUAAAUGUCAAAAUUGUACAUUUGUGAUUUCAAUAAAUUAUUUUCUAUGGA